AUGCUAAAAUUCCACAAGUAUGUUUUUGCUAAGAAUAAUCCAAAUAUCUUAAGGUUUGUUAGUACUACUGUUACCCCCAUCAAUAAUACCGUAGUACCACCACAGUAUCCAUUCAAAUUAUUAUCCUUAAAACUAGGAUAUAUUCAAGAUAUUAAAUUACACGAUAAUUCAGAUAAAAUGUAUAUAUCACAAGUUAAAAUUGGAGCAUCACAAGAUACCAAUGAGAAAAAAAAUAUACUUCAAGUGGUGAGUGGGUUAAAACAUUAUAUUCCAAUGGAUAAAUUAUUAAAUUCCAUCGUGGUAGUUGCCACUAACUUAAAGCCUAGUAAAUUAAGGGGUGUUAGAAGUGAAGGGAUGCUUAUGUGUGGUUCACUAUCACAAAACCAUAAUGGCAGUAAUGUUGUGGAAAAAGUCGAACUUUGUUCACUUCCAAAAAAUCUCAAUAAAACGCAAGGCGAUUUAAUAAACCUGAUUGGUUCUCAAGUAAUUUUGAAUGAAGAUGUGGAUACUAUUGGUGCCACUGUUAGAAAGAUUAAAAGUAAAGAAUUGGAAAAUAUUUUGAAUAAUUUAUAUGUGGGUGAUAAUUAUCAAGUUGUUUUUAGAGAUUUGACAGGGAAAGAAAACCAAUUGGUCAUCAAAACAGAUAACGGGGAAAAAAUACCAAUUGUGGUGGAGUCAUUGCCAAGAGGCUCAAAAGUUUAUUAG